CGUGCGUGACGUAGCUCCUCCCAACACAAAUAUACUAAAAGCAUAACCCGACGAAAACAAGGAAGUAACGAGUAAAAAAGACGAGGAACUUUGACUAAACCUUAUAUUUAUUGCCAAAUAAACGCCGAAUUCGGUCUGUUGAAUUUCUCGUCCACUAGAAUAUUUUACCUACAGUGAAGAACUAUGAACAACAAAGGUUCAUAUCCUCAAACUGUUUACCCUCAGCAGAGCACAGCACCCGUUUACCCGCCUGCUAUGCAAGUCCCUCCUCAGGUGUCUCCAUAUCCAGAUGCCCCUCCUCCAUACUCUGAGGUUUAUCAGCCCAGGUAUAUGGCUCCUCCCCCAGCCCAUGGACAGAUGCCCCAAAUGACCUCAGCUUACCCUGGUACUCAGAUGUACAUGCCCAUGCAUGCUCAGUCUGUGCCAAUGGGGGCCAUGGCCCCCAGUGUCCCAAUGGCAUAUUAUCAGAUGGGGCCCGUGUACCCCCCUGGUUCCACCGUCAUGGUGGAUGGUGGAUUCGAUGCUGGAGCUCGCUUUGGGCAUAGCACCAGUACUUCCAUUCCUCCUCCACCUCCUGGACACCUCCCUAACGCGGCUCAGAUGGCAGCCAUGCAAGGUGCAAAUGUUGUGAUGACACAACGUAAGGGCAACUUUUUCAUGGGUGGCUCCAGCGGCGGUUACACCAUCUGGUAACAGUGAGCACCCCCCUGGGCCUGGACCGAAGCCCUCCUUCCUUCUCCUGGUUCCCUUUACCUGUUCUCCCACCCCUGCCUCCCUUGGGGCUGCUUGGCUAAGCCACAAUACUGAUUUAAUCUAAUGGAAUGUAAUGUUUUAGAGCCCCUUACUCAAGGUACAGUACGCCGCUAUUGGUAUAAUUGUGUAAUAUCACAGUUAUAUAAUGUAUAACACAAUUAUUGUGUAUUCACAAUUAAAAAGUGCACGAUAAUUGUAGGUUUAACUUCUAGUGAUCAUAUAUACAUUUGCCAUAAUUUAAAAGUAUACAACUUUUAAGGUGAAGACCAGGCCAUUUUUUCCUUUAUUGACACUGGCGUACCUCUUACAACUGCAUUUUUAAAAGACAUUUUCUAGUUUUUGGUUGUCUUCUUGAGCCAGAGAUCAUGCCAAGAGAACUGCCGAGAGUCAGUUUGAUCAUCUGUGUAAAGUAGCUAUGCACUUGAAACUUUCUCUUUGAAUAGUAUGCUUAUCUACAUCUUUCAUUCGUAUCAUUAUUAAGGUCUUGUCAGAUAUGUAUAAUGCAGAUUUAAGUACUAUCAAAGAGACAGGUGUGUUUACAAAUUCAAACAGCGGCGGCGUAUUGUACCUUUGGGCAAGCUUAUAUAAAUAUUAUCAGGUGCCAAAACUGCACCAUUAUUUAAAAGCAAAGGAAUUUACAAAUGGAUGAACCCUAAUGCAGUAAAAGAGAGAGUGAACAAGAUUAACUAAACUGGUUGAGAAAAGUCUUUUUUUUUUUUCUAUAUAUUUUCCCUCCAAUGUCGGAUACCCAGAGCUGUACGUAUAGCAGUUUCACCUUGUUUAGCGCGUGUUAUGUGUGUUCCAGCUAUAUGUGCUUCUACACAAACUUUUUAGGCAUUUUCCACAAAGGUAAAGCUAUUUACAGAGGUCAGGGCUCAAUCAAGAGACCAUUCAUUUUCAGUAUUUUAAAUGGUUUGGCACAUCAAGCUUUUUUUUCUUUUUCUGGGAGGCUGCUUGUACCAAAGAUCUGGACAAGAAUGCACUAAAAGCUUUUUGCUUUUUGUAAGUCUUCUGUCAUAGUACAUCUGCAAACAGAUUCAUUCUGAAAUAAACAAACAAACAAACAUCAUAUUUAGAUGAUGGUGAUUGCUUUCCGGGCAGAGCACAAGACUGCUGUGACUGCAUUUUCUAGGGGUUUGUGUUUUAAAAAUAUAUCAAUGUUUCCUAGUUGCAUCUUGAUGUUUCUGCAUGCACUUUUCAGUAGUUUUGUUCUUAAUAAAGUGUUAUCAUUGUAAAAAAUUUUAGGAGUACUACAAAAUUAAUUUAUGUGCACUGUCAACCAAUUCUGAAAUGUUUUUGCAGCUUUCUUUUGUACAUAUGCUUUUAAAUACAAAUAGCGUCAGUUAUACUUGUUGCUGCAUUGAUGAUUUUUCAAAGCAGUGCGGUGAUACGUAGCAGCAUAUACAACGGCUGAGAAAUUGUGGUGUUGAUUUGUAAAUGUUUCGCAAGGGAUUAAAGUUUUCCUCUCUCUCUCUC